UUCAUAAUACUGGCAGAGGCGCUGCGAGCGCUGGACGGGAAACGGUUCAUCUCGCAGAGUUCCGAUUAUGAGUUUGCGGAUCUAUAUCCAAUAUUACAUGAGCGGCUGACUAUGCGAUAUGGCCGCACAAGGACUUUUGAGCAGCGUGUUCUCAUGCUCGCUAAGCCCCAAAAGAAUUUCCAAUAAGAAACUGAGGCAGACCAGGAGUUUGGAUUCGACUUUGAUGCGGCACUGUGGUACCGAGGUUGAGGAGAGUUCGUUUAGGGGUGACAUCACCUGGAAUACAUCUUUGGGACCCAGCAUUUCCCUAAAGCCAGUCCCACUGCAGAGCCUCUCAGAACUGGAGAGGGUCCGCCUUCAGGACGUUGCCUUCAGGCGACUGAUUCGGUGUCACGACCUCGGCUGCCAUAUCACCAUUCCAAAAUAUGGCCACAAGCACAAGAAGUCUCUUAGGAAGAAGUUGGAUUCGUUAUCUAAGGAAAAGAGCAGAGACAAAGAGACUUUGCCGCAGGCGUUUGGCAUACCGCUGUCGCACGUCAUAACCAACGACCGCGUGCACAAGCUCCGGCACGAACACCAGCGGGAGGAGCAGAGUAACACUACCGAACUGAUGCUAUCCUUCCUUCACCUGUCCUCUGGCUUCAAACGGCCUAACAAGGAGCUCUCCAGCAGCAACUCCUCUCUGAGCUCCACCCCAGAGAGCCAUAACGAUUCUCCACUCCCCAGCACGCCAGACAUAGCCUCAUGGACAUCCAGGAGGGGAGGAGUGUCUGUGGAUUGCAUCACUGACCUCGAUGAUAACCAGGCUCGGCUGUUGGAGGCCCUUCAGCUGUCUGUGCCAGAUGAGGCAGCCGGGAACAGGAAGAAACCCCGUGACAAAAAGCUCAGCCUGAACCCUAUUUACAGACAGGUGCCGAGGAUAGUUGAUCUCUGCUGCCAACACUUGGAAAAAAAUGGCUUGCAGACAGUAGGAAUUUUCCGCGUCGGGAGUUCCAAAAAGAGAGUACGACAGCUCCGUGAGGAGUUUGAUCAAGGCUGGGAAGUGCACCUUAGCGAUGAGCACUGCGUCCACGACGUCGCUGCUUUGUUGAAGAAGUUCCUCAGAGACCUGCCUGACCCGCUGCUGACAAGAGAACUGUACACAGCUUUCAUCCACACUAUGCUGCUGGAUUAUUCCAAACAACAGAGUGCCAUCCAGCUCCUCAUAUUUCUGCUUCCUCCCUCUAAUAGCGACACGCUGCAGCGCAUCCUCAGCUUAUUGUCCACUGUGUCCUCACAUGCUGAAGACAGCCUGGACACAGAAAGACGAAAGAUCCCAGGAAACAAGAUGACUUCACGCAAUUUAGCCACAAUCCUUGGUCCCAACUUGUUACACAAGCAAAAGAGCUCAGACAAAGAGUUUUCUGUCCAGAGUUUUGCCCAUGCAGAGGAGAGUUCAGCCAUCAUCAGUGUUGUCCAAAGGAUGAUCGAUGCUUAUGAUAUGCUGUUUAUGGUUCCUGCAGAUCUUCAGAAUGAGGUGCUGAUUAGCUUGCUUGAAACGGAUUCUGAUGUUGUCGAAUACCUGCUGCGAAGAAGGGCCUCUCAGUGCUCGGAGUCAGGCAUUCUGAGACCAGAAGAUUCAUUUUCUCUGACAGAGAGUUGCAUGUCUAGUGACUCCCUCAAAGCGUCCAGCGGAGAGGUGUCUCCUUAUGACAAUAACUCUCCUGUGCUGUCAGAUCGACUGCUACUUAAGGACACAGAGCACAGCAGUUUGAACUCAGACAGAGAUCCCAUACGCCCUAGGCAGUACAAACUAAGUGACCGUUCCAAAGAUGGAUCAGGAAGCGCUUCACCAACCCUCUCCGCUGACAAAGAUGCCUCGGCUGAUUGUUUCUGGGACACCUGGCAUGAGCUUUUUGGGAAGGAUUUUAUUAGCCAUCACAUUACUGGCUCCCUUGGAGAUGCCUCAGAAUGUGACUCGUAUGGAUCGUCGGAGGGACUGAGCAGUCACCAAGGCAACAACAAGCUGCCCGUCAGAGCGACACAAACACCAUUGGGCGUUUUGGAGAACAGGCCACACCUCCCAGUGACUUGCAGCAGCAGUGGUUCUCCUGGCCACAGAGAGCAGAGGCAGCCAGAAUCAUUGUUACAUCAGUCACUGAGCAGCCAAUCAGGGGCUGUUACCCCAGACAGCUCAGUACAAAGGACAGGACGCCCUACAUGUCCAUUAUUUAUGGACAGAACAGAGGUUUCGUCUCCUUGUCUGUGUGCUGGAUCUGUUUGGGAAACUUCAGUUGCUCCUUGCCCAGUCUCUGUUUUCAACCAUCAGCCCGACGCCCAGACGUCGCUGCUCCCCCAGCAGAACCCGCCCGCCCUUCAGACUGCAGGUCCAACAGAGAGGAAAACGGGCUCUGAUUGCUCAAACCUACAGACAGAAAAGUGGCACGUCUGGCAGAUGAUGUCAAGUAAAAAUCCAGAAACCUUCCCAGAAAGUUUGGUGUAAUUCUCAUUUCAGCAACAUUAGACUAUGUUAUGAAUGUUUAUUUAUACUUUAUUUUUAAAAAUAAAAUAAAAAAAUCAGCCUAA